AUGUGUCUUGUGGAAGGGUCUCUCUCUCUCUCUCUUCUUUCCGAGCGUUUUCCCUCUCUUUUUCGGUUUGCUGAGCCCUUUUGUGCUUUGAUUAGUGACAACGGUUUUUGGAUAUCGGGUUCAUGGGAGUGGCGAAUUAAUUUUUGUGAAGGUUUUAAUGAUAGUGUGGACGGAGUUCGGGUUCGUGAUUUGGUUUCAUUCUUGGGUAACAUUACUCCUACGGUGGGUAUGGCAAAUUCGUAUGUUUGGUGGAAGAACUCUACGGGGUUUUCCGUCAAAGCGGGAUAUGACAUGAUUUUGGAGGGGAGUUAUCAGAACCAUCGUUUGGAGGUUGACGUUAUUAGUGCCUUAAAUCGAAUGUGGAAGACUAAGAUUUCAAGCAAGAUCUUGAUUUUUGGAUGGAGACUUAUUUUGAAUAAGAUUCCAACUAAUAUGGCUUUGGUGAGACGUCAUAUUUUGACGAAUUCUAAUCUCUUGGCUUGCUCUCUUUAUGGAGUGGAGGAGGAAGACUCGAACCAUCUUUUUGGAACUUGCCCUGUCACUUUGGUUUGGUGGAACAAGUUUUGUGAUUGGCUUCGGCUUGAUUUGACAUCUUUUCCGGGUAAUUCUUUUAAUCGUCUUUUAGCUUUGGAUUUAGCCUGUAAGUCUAGAUUUGUGGUAGAUACUAGUUGGCUUUUUGGUUUGGCUUUUUGUUGGAGAAUUUGGAGUUAUAGGAAUGAGGUUCUUUUUAAUGGUGGUAUCCUUCUUAAUUUUGAUACCCUUGAGAUGAAUAAAUAUGUUGCUUGGGAAUGA